CAAAACUUGCAUCAAUAUUUUGUAUCCUUCCAAACUACAGCUUCAAGUACCGAGCAAUUCAGCAAAAUAAAUGCUAUACACUCUACAGAUUGUUGAUGGUGAUAACUAUUUUUGCAGGUUUCAUUUAUAUGAUCUACUCUCGAUAUGAGAAUGCAGAAAAUAUAUACGGAACAACCAGCUCACUUUUGAUAUAUUUGGAACUUUCGACAGACAUUGUGGGACUCUUGAUAUUUCUACUCUCAGCAUCUAGAUCUUUCUCGAGAAAAUCGGAAGAGUGGAAGGAGCUGAUCAAUUGUUUUGAAAAUCUUGAGAAACCUGAGAAAACUAGAAAAUUAUCAUUAUCCAAUGUCUUCAAUCAGAGUAAUUCUACCUUAAUACUGAGCAGUCUUAUCUACUGCGUAGUAAUAUACAUGGAACUGAUGCUAAACAAUAGGAAAUUGAUACAAAAUUUACAAUACUACGGAUUUUCUCUUCUGGUAAACUACGUGGAACUUGUUCAGAUUAAUAUUAUAUCAAAAUUAUUCAUCUGCAUCAAACAUAAAUUCAGGGAUAUUAACGAAAUACUGAUGAAAACUGAUACAGACAUUUUCAACGUUGAGAGAAGAGUAGAAAAAGUUGAAAAACUUUACUUGGUUAUGGACGGACUGAUAGUACUGAUGAACAGCUUAUUUGGUUGGAUUCUCUUAGCCAUGUUUUUUCACAUAAGUUUGAUGGUACUUCUUGCUCUGACUGUACCUGUCAUCCACAACUAUCUUACAAAAAACACAUCGACACAAUCCGAUACUGAAAUUCCGUUUGGGAUAUAUUCGGUGUUGCAGGUCGUAGUUAUCUCCAUAAUGGUGUUCUGUAUCGACUCUGCCACAAGGGAACCCCAGAAUCUCAUCAAGUUCUGCAUGAACCUCGAGUGCAACUUUCCACUGAGAUUUGAACAGAACAAAAAAAUCCAGAUAGCCAUCGACAAAUUGAAGGCCUUAUCUCCAAACUUCAGCGCUGCAGAUUUCUUUCAGAUAACCCGCUCGACACUCCUUUCCAUGAUAAGUGUCAUUACUACGUAUUUCAUAGUAAUGGUCCAACUUCAUAUGGGUAACUGAAAAUUGAAGAGUUUGAAACAUUGAUUGCACCAUACAUUACGUGUACUUGUUACAAUGAUUAGUCGUACUAUGCAAAUGCUUCAUCCACCUCAACUGACAUUAUAAUUAUCACUAAU